AUGGAGGUAGAGAUACCAACCGAAGAAACAGAACCAUUAUUGAGGCAGGAGAUCACUUCUUCCCUUCAACGGCCGGAAGAUGUUUACGAUAACUCAGUGCAAAACACUGCUUUUGAUGUACACGGAGACGCGAUUGACGAACGACCGAGGGGUCGGUGUUGCAUAAUCCUCACAAAACUCAAGUUUGCUCUCUUUGAUGCCCAUUGGCCCUUGUCUUGUUUCCUAGCGGUUGCUUUUCUUGGUUUUUGGUUGCCUAAGAAGGACAGAUCUCUUUGGCCGCUAACUUUUAUACCGAUCUUUCACAUGCUCUUCGGCUUGGGGACACAUCUGUAUUUUAUUGUGUUGGCAAAUGACCAAACGACUCUGAAAGUUCACAUUGGGUCAAAAAUGCUACUCACAUCUCUAUGGAUAAGCGGUUUUUCAUCGUAUAUCCUGGCUUUGCAUUACUUCAGAUAUCAGUCACAGGAAUGGAUGCGAGGUCUGAGCAAAAUUCAACACCGAGCUGUCAACGUGGGUCUGUUUACUGGUUUGCUGCUUGUGUCAUGGGUCCUGUUCGUAGAUGUCUGUUAUCAAGAUCAGUUUGAUUUAGACCACAUUAAAAAAGCCCUUACAUAUAAGUGCCAAAAUAAAAAAGCUUGCAACGGUGUUUGGUAUCCCCUUAUCACUUCUAUAUACUGGGGAAUGUAUUCGUCUAUCGCUGUUUGCUGCGUGUUUUUUUCCCUGAGCCUCUCGAUGACGAACGAUCUCGCAAAAGGAUACCUUCGCUUAGCUAAAUGCACUGGGGAUGUUCGAGAUGCUGUAAUAAUGCACAAGCAAGUGCGUGAUGAAACUGAAAAACGGACAAACAGCAUGCGUGUCUGGUUUUUAAUUCACACACUCUUUUACCUGGUGGUGUUUUUAGCCAGUAUUUUCGACUGGUGGGAAGCUGAAAGAGACUCGUUACACUCUGUUGUCCAGUACAUGGCUCAAAUAUCCGGCACGCUGGUCGUUGUGUACAAAUUUUUCUUCCCUUUCUUGUCAGCGAGUUAUGUCACUUGGCACGAGUCCACACUCGUGCAAGACUUGAACGACAAGACAGAUUAUCUUCCUGAAGAGACCUUCCACUCAAGGCAAGACUUAGAAGUGUUCCUUGCGCAGAGCAAAAGACAUGGUUAUGGAUUUCGCCUGUUUAAGAUACAAAUUACCAUAACAAUUGCAAUAUUUUCUUUGCUCGGAUCUGGUGUUGGAUUGCUACACACCUUAUUUAUUCAUAGUAGAUAA